CAGACCAAAACGUCAAAUUUAUUUGGUUAAUGUCAUUUUGUAUAGUGUGGUAUUUUUUUUUGGUAAAUUCUUCAUCUGUUUGAUGUUUGUGCAAGAAAAACAACAUAACAAUAGUUUAAAAAGUUACAAAAUAAGUUUUUGGGUUAAUACUAUUGACGAUUGCUAGUUGCCAAUUGACGGUAUUAGGUGUGGAUGCUUAUUAAAAUGUAUAAUAAACAAGUCAACAUGGAUUUUGGAACUUUUAUUGAUUCCUCAGUUUCCAGGACAUCGCAACUGUAAAGACCAGAUGCUAAUGCAUUUUUAAACCUGAAUAAUAUAUGUAAACAUGUCCGAACCCAAGAAAAUGAAACUGGAGGAACCUCAGAAAGCACUCCUGUAUCCAGUGCUGCCAGAUGAACUCACUGAAGACACCCCUUUGGUUUCUGUUUAUGUAGACACCAUUAAGGAACCUAAAAUGACUUCUAAAGUAGUGCUUAGCUUGAAUUCUCUCCUACCAGUGCCAGAAUUGACCCACUUAAAGAGAAUUAACAAAAGGGAGGUGCUGCUGUUUCCUGUAUCAAAGGAAAUAGCUGAAAAUUGUUUAGAAGUGCAUAAUUAUUUGGAAAGGAAAGGUUUUGACACCAACCUUGUAGCAAAUAAAAUUAGAACUGUUCUGGUAGCAAAAAUCCCUCCGAAAACUAAAAAGCAACACUGUAAAGUUCAUGCCUUAUGGCCUUGUAACUUUCAUCCAGAUAAGUAUUUGGAAAAACUAUCAACAAACACUUUGUUUAAUGACAGGGAACUGGAUGAGCAUAUAACUUACAUGAGAAUAGCAAUAGAAGUGGCUAAAAAAGCAAACAGUGUUGGCCUUAGCCAAACUCAACAAGGAGUCAUAGUCAUUGACCCUAAAAUCAAGUCAGUAGUUGCUAUUGGCUAUUCAGAAUCUACGCACAACCCUUGCAAACAUGCUGCUAUGGUCGCCAUAGAUAAUGUGUCAAAAACUCAAAAUGGUGGAGCAUGGAAUGACUAUACUCUUGACACUUCUUCGUCAGAUUUAAAUUUAAAUGGAUUCCAUCCAAAAUUAUUGUCCCACUUACAAAAACUCUUUUCAAAAACCCAUUUUGGAGCUACAGUUUUUAGACCUAAAGAUCAACUAACUGAUCCCGGUGAUGGACCAUAUUUAUGUACAAGUUAUCAUGUUUACUCAACUUUUGAAGUGUGUGUUAUGUGUGCAAUGGCACUAGUGCACAGCAGGGUGAAAAGAGUGUUUUAUGGGGCAAGUAGUGAUAAUGGGGGAUUGGGGACACUUUGUAAAAUCCAUACUGUGAGGGACUUGAAUCAUCAUUAUGAGGUUUUUGGUGGUUUGUGUGAGAGUGAGUGUGAGGAAUUAAAUGGAGGUGGUUGUUAAAAUGUGGAGAAAUUAUUGUAAUAUUUGUUGACAUAUGUAAU